CUCUAUAUAAAACUAGAAUAUGAUCACAACAAUCACCAUAAACCCAUCAACCCUUCACCAAUGGCUAAUGUGACCACCCAAACCCACUCGAAGCUGCUUCGAGUCAUUGCUAUGGUCAUACUAGCCCUGAUAUUUCUUGUGGGUCUAGCUGUGCUAAUCAUUUGGCUAGUAAUCAAGCCAAAACAACUUGUUUACUCCAUUGAAAAUGGUUCAGUGAGUAACUUCAACCUCAAGUACAACCACCUCAAUGCCUCGUUUGAUUUUCUGAUAAGGGCAGGUAACCCUAAUAGGAGGAUCACUAUAUACUACGAUACUAUUGAUGUUUCUUUAUCUUAUGAUGAUCAAACUAUUGCCUUCAACACCUUGGAGCCGUUUCAUCAACCUCGAAGGAAUGUGACUCAACUAGAGGCAAAGCUUGAGGCUAGAGAUGCUGCAUUGUCUAAUGGGUUGUCUAAGGACCUGAUGCAUGAGAAAGCAGCAGGAAAGGUGCAGUUAGAUGUGAGGAUCAAGGCAAGAAUUCGAUUUAAGGUUGAAAUAUGGAAGUCCAAACAUCGAACUCUAAGGGUUUUAUGCCCAUCAGUGAUGCUGCAGUUUUCUUCUUCAGAGAUUGCCCAGAGGACUUUCUGUGAUAUAGAGAACUAAGUCUUCAUCCAUGUGAUUGAUUUAUGUGUAGGAAUUAUGUUUUCGUAUUUUGUCUUCUUUUAUUUCUUUGAUUUCCUUUCUCUUAUCAUUGUGAUGAAUUUGGUGUGAUUUUUUUGUACGUGGAUUUUUUUUUUUAUAUAUAUAUUUGAAA